UGCCUCUUACAGUGUCCUGGGUGUAAAAGCUACGUGGAGAGAGAGGACCUGACUAACCUCAGUGUGCACUGUACAGUCUGCACAGCAGACAUGAAGAAGGUGUACGAGUUCUGCUGGCAGUGUCUGAAGCCUUGGAAAGGAGCAGCUCCACGAUCUGAUCGCUGCGACAACGACGGCUGCAUCAACCACGACUUAGAGCUCCUCAAGAACGUAAACACGACCGUCCUCACAGAGGUGCAGGGAGUGACUGCCUGUCCCUCCAUCCGAGUCUGUCCCACCUGUGGUCAGAGGGUGGAGCACGACAGGACAGGCUGCAAGAACAUCAUCUGUCCUCGCUGCCAGGUUGAGUUCUGCUUUGUGUGUCUGAAGCUGACCCCUGAGUGCCUGAAGACCAGCUCUUACUUCAUCCCCUGCAGUGAUGGUGUGGCUCCCGGACAAACAUCCAUCCCUGUGUGGCACAGAAACUAAACAGCUUCACACACUCAUUUAUUAUUCAUGCAUGCUCACAGCUGUCUCCUAUCUGGUUAGAAUUCAUCUUUUAUUGCAUCAGACGCGAAAAACAUUACAGACCUGCUUGUUUGUGCACAUUAAAUGACAUUAAGACAGCUGCAUUCUCUUAUUACUUCACUGUGUUUUAUUACAUGCUGCAUUAAAACUGCUACUGAAGAUUGUUCCCUGAUUUAAUCACUGCAUCAUUUAAUAAAGUUUCUGUCUAAAUAAACACACACUGAAAUUCA